AUGCCGCGCUCGAACCACAGUCCGAAACCUGCGCGUUAUCGCAUGACCGCAGAGGAGCGUGUCAACAGGAUGGAGGGUGAAAUGGAUGACAGCGACCUUGCGAUUACGUCUGAAUCCGCUGUGCGAAAGGAUUUCGGAGGUACUGACCAAUACAUUGAUGAUAUCGCUGGCGCAUCCGAAGGCUCGACAACAGAAGAAGACGAUGAAAUCGAACCGAGCGAGCGUCCCCAGAUACGCGAUGCCCCUCAGUAUGGUGUCAAAGUCGAGUGGUCGGAUGACGAAGAUGUCGGAGCGGCGUACAAUAUAUUCAAGGACCGCAAAUCACUGAAACGCAAGCGCACCGCGGCCGGCCAGAGGAAGGCCAGAGCCAGGGUUACUGCAGCAACUUCGAAACCUAUCGUGGGAAGGAGGGGCAGAAAGCCGGCAGACCCGGUGGACAACAUCAAACCGUCGCUAAAGAAGAACAACACCUAUGGCACAGACACGGAGGAUGAGGACGAGCUUAUGGACCAGACGCUGCCAGAGUGGCUCAAGGCCAGAUACAGCAAGAGGGAGCGUGAACAGCUCAUUGAUGCUGGCUUGAAUCUUCCACCCGACUACGAAGAUGUCGAGUUCUCCGACGAUGAGAGACUGGAGUAUCUUAAGGAGAAGCCAGCCUUGCCGCACCUCAAGCCUCCUGGGAAGUACCGAGAUAUCGUCUUAAAGAAGACUGGAGGGAUCAUCCCAGCAUCGAUUGCGCAAUUGCUGCGAGAGUAUCAGGUCCAAGGCGCUGAGUUCCUCCACAACCUGUUCGUCUUCCAGAAAGGCGGCAUUCUCGGUGACGACAUGGGUCUGGGUAAGACCAUCCAGGUCAUCGCAUUCCUGACGGCCGCUUUUGGUAAGACCGGAGAUGAGCGGGACGCGAAGCGGAUGCGAAAGAUUCGAACAACCCAUCCCAAGGCCUUCUAUCCUAGAAUCUUAAUCAUCUGCCCUGGUGGAUUGAUGGAGAACUGGAAGUCAGAGCUGGAGAGGUGGGGCUGGUGGCAUGUUUACGUAUAUCACGGAGCGCCAGAUAUCAAAGAGGCCACCAUCAAAGCGGCGCUCAGCGGCCGUGUAGAAAUCGUAAUCACAACCUACACCACCUAUCGCAUCAACAAAGGCGCCAUCAAUAUCGUUGCAUGGGACUGCGUCGUAGCGGACGAGUGCCACAUCAUCAAAGGCCGGAGCUCCGAGGUCACACAGGCAAUGAACGACAUCAAUGCUCUCUGCCGAAUCGGCCUGACAGGAACGGCAAUCCAGAACAAGUACGAGGAACUGUGGACGCUUCUUAACUGGAGCAAUCCUGGGAGGUUCGGCUCUCUGGCGACUUGGAAGAUGUGCAUCAGCGAGCCGCUGAAAAUGGGUCAAGCCCAUGAUGCAACCUACCAGCAGCUAGCGAAGGCAAGGAAAACAGCCACCUCGCUGGUCAAGAACCUCCUUCCUGCGUUCUUCCUGCGCCGAAUGAAAACGCUCAUCGCGGAUCAGCUGCCGAAGAAGAGUGAUCGUGUUGUAUUCUGCCCCUUGACGGAUACACAGGCGGAUGCUUAUGAGAACAUUGUCGACAGCGAUACCAUCGAGUACAUCCGUUCUUCGUCUGAGAUAUGCCCCUGCGGUUCAGGGAAGAAACGGGGCUGGUGCUGCUACACAGACAUCCCUGGCCGUGGCAAGUGGCAGAACCACGUCUUUCCCGCCAUCGUCUUUCUACAAAAGCUAGCAAACCAUCUCGCACAGCUUAUCCCGACAUCUACAGACCCGCAGGAGAAACAAGCCAAGGACCUUGAGAACCUCCAGAUUGCGGUUCCGGACCGAUGGAAAGAUCUGUACCAGCAGAAGGAUUCGAUUUUGCACUAUGCGAACCAAGACUUCUGUGGUAAAUGGAAGAUCCUAAAGAAGCUCCUGACUUUUUGGCAUGCAUGCGGCGACAAAGUCCUAGUAUUCAGCCAUUCCGUACGCCUACUCAAGAUGCUGCAGAUGCUGUUCACGUCAACCACCUCCUAUAACGUGUCCUAUCUCGACGGAGCAAUGAGCUACGAAGACCGCGCCAAAACCGUCGACGCCUUCAACGCGGACCCAGCCCAGUUCGUCUUCCUCAUCUCCACGAAAGCCGGCGGCGUGGGCCUGAACAUCACCUCGGCGAACAAAGUCGUCGUCGUCGACCCCAACUGGAACCCUGCCUACGACCUUCAAGCCCAAGACCGCGCGUACCGCAUCGGGCAGACAAGGGACGUUGAGGUCUUCCGUCUCGUCAGCGCGGGCACGAUCGAGGAGAUUGUCUACGCCCGCCAGAUAUAUAAGCAACAGCAGGCGAACAUCGGCUACAACGCCUCCCUCGAGCGUCGCUACUUCAAGGGCGUGCAGGACCAGAAGGAGAAGAAAGGCGAGAUCUUUGGGCUUGCGAACCUCUUUAGUUUCCAGGGCGACAAUAUCGUCCUCAGGGAUAUCGUCAACAAGACUAACGUCGCGGAGUCGAAGGCGGGCGUCAAGGUCGUCGGCUUCGAUGCCUCUGCGUCCCAGGACGAUGGCGAUGAUGAUGACCCGGAGGACUUUAUCAAGGGCGAGGACGAGGACGCGGCGAUGUCGCAGCUCGCAAAGCUUGUCACGGCUGACUUGCCGGAAAAGGAGAGGAAGUUCAGGAAGGGCGGAGGGAAGAAGUCGGAUGCUGUUCAGGCCAUCCUGGCGAGCGCAGGCGUGCAGUAUACGCACGAGAACAGCGAGGUUAUUGGCACGUCGAGAGCGGAGACGGCGUUCAGUCGGCGCGCCGUCGAGGUCGAGAACGAUGUUGACAUGAUUGGUAAAGCGGUCUUCGGGGGAAGCCAGUCGCAGCGACUUCAGAAGUCUUCAUCAGCGGGCGUUCUGGAUGCUGAUGCUGAUUUUGAUGAUGAAAGCGAGGAGGAAGGGAGUCAAAUCGCGUUCAAGUAUAGGCCGCCGGAGGAGGUUAGAAAGAGGCAGUUCUGCACUAUGGCGAAGACGUUUGGGUUUGCCGAUGCCACUGAGUUCGCGCUUGUGGUCGAGGGGUGCACGCAGGCACAGCGGAGGAACUGGCUUGAGAAGUUUUACCGGACGAGGAGGCCGGGCCUGGGGCUGGGCAGGAAAGCUGUAUUGGAGGAGUGA